GGGAUAACAUUUGUAGCGGGGUUUGUGAGGCUUGUCUUCUUAUUGAUGAACGCUAGUAGUGUGGAACCUGGUACAAAUGUGUAUUUGUUAAAGUUGUCCUAUUUCAUAUAACAGCGGUAAAAAAGUGAAAGGAUAUAAAAGUGUAAAAACAAUUGUUUCAAAGUCUUUGGAUUACUUUCGCCCAUUGAACAAGUACGUGUACAUGUUUAUGUUCUGUGUGGAAUUCAGUAGCUAGACCCUUUGGAUAUGUUCUCUGCAGGAAUAAAAAGGCUACAGAAGCUUUAUAAACUUAUGUAAUCGUUCAAAGGUGUAUUCAAAGAGCUUUUAUUGUAAUGAAUGUUAUCCAUACAUUAAUCUCAUUGUAUGCAAAAUGACUACUGAAUCUUCAGAACAAAAUAUUACCAAUUUUAUUCAAUCAGUUUCAAUCCCUGAACAUAUGACAAUGGAUAUAACAAAUGCUUUCUUUUCUGCUUGUCGAAUCGGACUAAAACCUGGUGAACUAUUACACACUAGUUGGUUUGACUUGAAGUAUUCCAUGUCAGCUAUCGAGAUUAUGGAUCCUAAAAUGGAUGCUCUAGUUCAAGGAAACCGAAAAGUUCUGACUGUAUGUGAGGCGUUAUCUAGUGAGCAGUUACCUUUGGGGCCUUUUUCGUCACUUUACGAGCUUUUGGGUAUCAUAGAUGAACUUUUAGCUGCUUGCGUUAAUUGGCUGACGGGCGAUUCUCUUGCGCAAAGUAUAUUUAUUUGCAUGUAUAUGCACUGCACUCAGUUAAUUAGAGAUAAAUAUCUUGCUGCAUUUUGUGAGUUAUUACGACGAUCAAUCUAUCAGUUGCGUUAUAUAAUAAUCUGUGUGAGUGUCUUUGACGAAGAGGAUCAUUACAAGUUCGCACAUGGUAUGCCAGUUCAUGAACCCUCAAAUAUUUUUGAUGGUUAUGGUGGCUUUCGUAAUGACUGUCUGCAUAAAUUGUCAGUGUUAGAAUUAGUAGCUCAUGUAAAUGAUUUGAUUAGAAAUCUUGAAAAUGAAUCUACCACGUUUGCGGAUCGUGAGGAAAAACUACUUAUGGGAUUACACAGUCGUCUACAGUUUGUUCAAGUGUUAUUACUGUUCACAAAUUCAAUCUUUGAGUGUAUAAAUCCAACUCAUGUCUAUUUUGAGCAAGAUCUGUUUGAAGGAUAUACACAUGCAGAUCUCGAUUUUUCUGAACGAAAUCCAUCACCUCCUAAACUGUGUGAAGCUCAGAAUAACACAGAAUUUCUAUGGGACUCCUUCAUAGAUAUUUGUAGGAAAGUGUCGCAGCAUUUAAGUAGUCUGAAAUCACUUAGUGAUACAUUAGUAGAAACUUCAAACAUUGGCAAAAUGGCUGGUGAAGGAAAGUUUAGACCAAAGGACGCUUCAUAUGGUCUUCCAGGUUUUGAAGUUUUCUUGAAUCAAACCAACAUACCUACAUAUAUGCCCAAAGUGGUAAAUAUUCACGAUCGUCACAAAUCAUUUGUUUAUUUCUCAAGUCUCUUUACAAGACUCAAUCAUAUUUUAUGUACAUACGAAAAUUUUGCCUUAUGGAAUGUUUUACAUCCUGAACCCCUACGCCUACAUAGUUUAUGGACAUUUAUUCAGAAAUCUGGUCAGAUAUCUUGUCCUUAUGUCAAAGCUCUUUUGUUUCCUGACGACUCUAGCGAAGUAAAUGAACCCAUGUUAACUACUUGUGUUUUAUCAAAGACAAUUAUAUACGUGUUUCAUUCCACUCUUAUGGGGAAAGGAGAUUUUAUUGCGCUUCAACCUCCGUCUCUCUCUCCGGUGCAUUUCCUAAAUUCUUGGCAGGAGUUAGAACCUACUGCGUAUCGCCCACUGAUUAAAAAUAUCAUUUAUAAUAUUCCUGAACUGAUGAGUUUUUUCACUACACUUUCAAAUCAUUUCGCCCGUGUAAGUGCACAUUUUAGUUUAUAUAUAUUUCUCAACCUUCUACAUAUAAGACUAAUUCUUAACCUGUUCCACUUAUUGAUUUUCGUAAUAUUCUGUACAUGUUCCAUAUGAAUUCAGCCUUUUUUUCAAAACUUGGUUGUAUUUCAAUAAAAUUGCAUGAACAUAGUUGGAUAGCAGCUGGAUCCAUAACUGCAGUCAAAGAUAUUUUCCAUCCACUGGAAAACCACUAAAAUGCAGAAAUCACUGGGUAAUUGUUUAAUUUUAGGUUAAAAUGCAGUAUUAUAGACCGAUGACCCUACACAUUUACGGAGAAUGGAAUUUUGUGUUAUGCGACAGUUACAAUACAUUUUAAUCUAUAAAUAAGAAUCCAUCGGUCCACGCUUCUGAUUUUAGAUAAUUCGUGAAACAACACUGCGACGAUCUAGCCCUUCCAGUGAUUACUUUCAUUCUUGAGAUGUUCAAACUCUACCAGUGAUUAUUCCCAGCCAGCACUUUUGAAAUGUAUCUUAAACAUGGUCAGUAAUGCUUAUAUAACUAGUGUCUAGUUGAUUAAUUUGCGAAUAUUGGCUCAGUUUGAAGAGCCAUACUCUUUAUAUUACAACUAGAAAUCUUAAUCAACGUUGACUGGGGAGAAACUAACUUUGCGACUCAAAGUCAACUGUGCAGAUUACGAAGUACUGGUCCUGGAUUAUUUAACUACUAUUUCUGAUCUACUGUUUGUCUCAAUUUGUCACAGUUUUCCCCAGUUUCAAUCAUACAUGAGUAAAUAACGAUUACUCUCUAUUAAACGUUGACUGAACGACAAGAAACUGAAUAAUUAAUCCAAGUUAACUAACCCUGAAGGAUUUUAUUCACUGUUCUAACAUUGUGGGAUAAGAAUUUGACACUAGUUUGUUUCAUUCUGUUAUCACGUUUAUGGUGCUAUUUCAGAAAAUUUGAAAGUAGCCUCAAAUAUGUUACAGCAUCCACACUAUUGCCGCCUGACUAUCUUGUGUAACUUUUUACGCUACUACAUAACAUCGCACAAGAUUGUCAGUUUAAUUACCAAUUAAUCUGUGUUCUAAACGACGUUAUUUUUAUUUUGUAACUGACAUCAGCUAGAAUGACUUACCUUAUAAUUUUCUAUGGUUUUCGUUGUGACUAAUUAGUGAUUCUUAGUGAAAUAUUUUUGCCAAGAUACUGAAUCAAUAAAAUAUUUUGAUUAGUAUACGAUAACCAUUUUGUUUGUUUCUCGUAAAUACCUAUUAUCCAAACACCGAGCAAUUAGGUCUAUUCUAAGGGUUUAUAAAUAUCUGUUAUCAAGCAGAUGUAAAGAGCGGUACGUAUUGGUCUACGGUAUAAACGAGAUUAACUGGCGAAUUAGAAUUCCUACAAACAAAUAUCCAAAUGGCUCUAACCAUGCUAACUACUUUUAUUUCAUGUAACCCGAAGUUUACAUUGGACUACUAUAAGUCAAUCAACGUUCUGUUUAUAGGUAUCCAACAUUUGAAAGGUUACAAAUUUUUAGGAAAUGUGGUUGAUAAUAUAUGUUGAAACUUACAGAUCCCUUAUAUUUACGGUAGUAACCGUUCACGCCAACGUUCCGCUCUUGGUUAUUGGUUGGGAGAUCUUCCAGAUUUGCUUGACGAGUGUGCAAACGCCGAGUUUGUCAUUGGUGUUGAACUUAGAAAUAAAUUGGCAAAUAAAACAACUGAGUGUUUUGAAUCUGCAGGAAAAUCUGAAGUUUUAUCGACGCAAAAGACUGUUGUACCUGUUCAAAUCAAUCUGUCUUGUUUUGUAACUUAUGUGUAUUAUUACUUAGCAUGGGAUUAUAUUGUCUCUGGGUUUCAACUAGACUUGUAUUCUCCAAGUGAAUGGUUGUCUAUUUACGCUUUUAUGAUACACUUAUUUCAGAAUUUAGCUUCUUUGCUCAGGAGUUUAGCGGAAAACUGCAUCGUUUCAGGAUCUGAAGGACAACCUACUUUAGAAAAUGAAUCCGCUGAUAUUAAAGGUCUAAAUAAACAAGUUGAUAAGUGUGAUUCUGUGAAUGAUGUUGAGAGGCUUGUCAAUCGUCAAAGUAAAAAGAAGAAGAAACAUCGAGAAAAAUGCAAUGUAUCCGGUGUACAUAGUAAGAGCAUAGAAAUGUCGAAUACCAUGAAUUUUAACAGCGUUGUUAAACCGAUUUCACCUAUGAUACAUGAAAUAGGUUCGACUUUUGAGGUAAGACGUUUUAUCGUUAAUCUAGUCACCUGUUUAGUUCUCAGGAGACUUUAGUGUUCAAACUGCUUUUUAUUUGAACGUUUCACAUGUAAAUUGUUUGAUUCAUUAAUAGUAGUAUUACAAUACUUUUGAGAUAUACGAUUGUAACUGACUAUAACAACUUUAGUAAAGCGGUCCAUGCAUUUAUCCAGUAAUUGAAAGAAUGUUAUUAUCUGCAUGCCAUUCUUAAUUGUGAAGUAUCAAAGCAAUGCGUGCUUAAUAUUUGCUGAAUACCUUUGGGGUUAAAUCAUUGAAUUGGUUAUAAAUUCGUUUAAUAUUCCUUAAUGGUUGACCAGAGUUUCUUCACACACUUAAAUUAAUAUAAUUUGAUUUUUGACUAUAGUUAUGCUUUCGCAUUCAUCUGACGUGGAUUUUUAAACUAAUAUUUUUUCGAUGAUUUGUUUUUGAGUUAAAUUUAUUCGGUAUGUUACUAAUGUUCAAAAAAUUAACCUUUGUAAUAUUUGUGACGUCGGUUGUUUAGUUUAGUAUCUGUUAGCUAAUACACUUAGUUUUUUUCCUAAAAGUGAAAAUGAAUACUGUCAGUAUAAGCGACCUUGAUGACCACUAUGAGUGUAGUAGUCAACAAGUGGAUCCCUAAAUAUCAUUUGAAAAAUAUAUCAACAAUUAUAAACCCAUCCCGAAAACCCAACAAAAAUUGACCUUGCAUCAAUAAUGUCUCAUAGAUCACAAAUAGACCAGUAAACAGUUCAUGAUGAGCUGUUUUUUGAGGCAAAUUGGUGGUAGCUAAAGCACCCAAUUUUGGACCAUUAGGUUGUAGAUCAGAACACCAGUCCAUCUAUUUUAAUUAAGGCAGCCAAUUUGUAUCACUCAUCUUCAUUCAAGAAAGCGAAUAUAAUGACAUUUUAGUCCAAAAAGAUCCCUUCAAAAUCUUUUGAUAUUUUUGCCGUUUAUCCAUCAUCCGAAACCAACUUUGUUUUUCUUUUGUCAUAUUUGAAAUACACGAAAGUCGUUAAACAAAAUUGUUUUUAGAUGAAAUCGCCAUCAAUCUGUACCUUUCUAUGCAUAUUACAAGGCUUAAUUGUGUGAGGAAAUGUGUACAGUGAAUAAGUAUAAUUGCAUAAUAAUAAGUAUUAUAUUGGACCAGAUAGCGUAAACAUUGCGUAAUUGGCAUUACGUCAAUAAGCACUUUUUAACGUAUGCUUUGUUUUCCUUUUUUCCGGUUUGUCUAAUAGACUUUUUGGUAAUUAUGAUACCUAUUCUGACUCCAGUGGUUAUUUUGUAAAUUUUCGAAAUCAGUCUCUUACAUUUUGUUUUCUGCGAGAAAUCUGGUUGAAAAGUAAGCUUUUAAUCAAGUUUUAGUAAAUCAGUCCCUUUGUAUACUUACAGCAAACGAAUUUGAAUAUUCAGAAUUUGAAAUUAUUUUCAUAUACAAACACAAUUCUUUCAUUUGCCGACUUUUGUCUAAAAGCAAAUAGAUUCACAGUUUAAUUGCUGUUAUGACAACUAAAACUUCCGUAUGGCUUUGAAUGUCCUGUCUCAUUAGAAAGUGUUUUAUUUCUUUGUUCUUAGUAAGGUAGAGUGACCCCUUAAAUGGUAGUAUUUUGUUUAACAAAACCUUCUUUACUUAUAUAAAUCUAAUGGUCUUUAUUUUCAUCCUAAAUAUUUUCCCAGGUUCACUUGCUUAAUGUACAUCAAUACUUGAAUACUGCAACCCUGUAUGUUAUACGUGCGCUUCAGAGAGAUAGUGGGAUCGAAAUAAAUGUGAAUCGUCUAAGUCCGGAUCCUAAUUCUGACGGGCAACUGCGUACAUUUCUUAGUCGAAAUUAUCUGGAACGUUAUGCCAGAAGGCUUGGAAUUUUUCUCAUUCCUCAUAAUUCACCUCUAACUGAAAUGGGAGGUGUUUCAGGGGCUUACGAAACAUGGAGAUCAUUAGUAAGUAGUAGCAUUAUUGAUGGUCGUUCAACAAGUGAUCUUUAUCUGAUGGCAGCAAGAGCGUUUGAUGAAGCUCAGAAUUUAAUUCAGAAAACUCUGUAUUUGAAGUCAGUAGGUGAAGAAAAGUUACUUAAGUUCACACGGUCUCCUAUUGUUCUAUCCCUGCUCACUGAAAAGUUAGGGCCUCCUGACCAACUCAUCGAUCUUCAACAAUUAGCAAGACGUAAUUCCAUUGCUUGCCGUGUGCUUGGUGUAUGUGAAGAUCGACGGCCAAUUGUACAUACAGCCAAUCCAUCCACAAUAAAUCAUAAAAUGUCGUUUUUAUGUUCAUCUAGUCCAGUUAAAUUGGACUACAAUUUUUUAGAAAGCAAGUGUUAUCCGCUUAUUCGUCUAGCUAGUCAAUCAAAAAAAUGUUAAUAAUAGUUAUGUUCACCUGUGAAUACCUGUUUGGAUGUUAUGAAUUUGUUUAAAGACUGAAUGUUAAAAUGAUGUUUCUAAUUAAUUCUUUCUUUUAAUGUAAUAUUUUUUAGCAGAUGCAUGUUUUUUGUAUACGGACUUUUUUUGGAACUUAGAUCUUUUUCAUUCUUGUAUAAAUUAAUCAAAUAUUCUUCUUCCCUCCUGUAUAUCAGUGUCCUCGUACUUGUUGUAAUAUAUGAAUCCUAAGCAAAUAACUAUGUACAUAAGUCGAAAAAUAAUGAAAUUAUUUAUUGGAGAUAUC